AUGAAAUUUGAAGAAAUUAACUCAUUAAAUUAAACCUAAUAUUGCUACUGCCUCAUAAGCAAAAGUAAACUGAAGAAAGGUGAUAUAUCUGAAGAAUAAGUUUUAUAAGCUACUUAAAAUAAUGAAGAACAGUAAGAACCCGUUGUUGAAGAAUUAAAAUUUUAAAAAUAAAAAAUUAUACUUACCUUCCUAAUUAAUUAUACUAUUACAUAUCAUGUUUGAAUUAAUAAGAAAUUGAAGAUUGAACAAAAAAAUAUUAAAUAAUUAGAAACAGCAGAAGAAAAUAGAAAAUUAAGUGAAAUUAAAAAUAAGUUAGAACCAUUUAUUUAUACAGUCAGAGAAUUUAAAGAGGCUAAAUAUUUCUAAAAGGCAUUAACCAAAUUGAAAGAACUGAAAUCUUAAAACUGUUGAA